CGCCCCCAGCGGGGCUGCGUCUCGCGCGUCCCACUCCUGGCCGGCGGCGGCUGCCUGGCAGCCGGGUGGUAAACAAAUGGCGGCCCGGCGGGCGCGAGAGGCCGGGGUCGCGGCGGGGCGGGGGUGUCCGAGGCCCAGCGCCGGCUCGGUUGCGGCUCCCCGCCGACUCUGACAGGUCCCGGCCGGGAGGUGGAGGAGGCCGCGGCGGGCUUGGCGUCCGUGCCUCCUCGGUGUCUGCUCCUCCCUACCCGCUCGGCCCCGAAUGCUGAGUGUGUGCCGGUGGUACUGUGCCAUUUGGGGCCGCCGGCGGCCGCCCCGCCCCCUCCCCUGGCCUCUCCGCAGGCCGACGGCCGCCGGGAGCGAGUGGCUGUGGCGGAGCGAGCUCUGCCGCUUCCUCUCCUCGAGGGUGCUGCCAGCGCUAUCCGAGGUGUCGCGAUAGCACGUGGGAAGGGCUGGGGCCGGGGCUGGGGUCUGCUGGGUGUUGUUCAGGCUGCAGUCGGAGAAGCUCCUUUCUGCAUGGAAGGAAAGGGAAAGAGCAAAUAAUCCAGAGAUUCUGCAGCAAUCAAGAAGUCGCACUGAGUUCAAGUUCAGAAGUGCUUUACACAUGAAAUCUACUGGCUCUCUAGCUGAUUCUGCCCUGUCACCAUCUCAACAGAGUUGGAUUUGCAGUCAUGGAGGAACUUCAACAACAUUUACACUGUGUGAACUGUGUCAGCCGUCGCUGUAUGACCAGACCAGAGCCUGGCAUUUCCUGUGAUUUGAUUGGCUGCCCAUUGGUUUGUGGAGCAGUUUUUCACUCAUGUAAAGCUGAAGAACAUCGCAUGUUAUGUCCACUUGAAAGAGUGCCUUGUUUGAAUAGUGGCUUUGGAUGCCCCUUCAUAGUAGCCCGAAAUAAAAUUGCUGAUCAUCUAGAAGUUUGUCCUGCAAGUGUGGUAUGUUGUACCAUGGAGUGGAAUAGAUGGCCAGUCAGUUAUGCAGACCGAAAAUCUUAUGAAAAUCUAAGUAAAGAUGUUGAUGAAGUGGAGCAGCUAGAUAUGGCUUUAGCCCUUCAAGACCAGCGCAUGUUAUUAGAGUCACUUAAAGUAGCAACUAUGAUGUCAAAAGCAGGUGAUCAGAUACCAGAUUCCAGAGAGCAAACCUCUGUCAAAUCAAGUGCCCCUGAUACAGUGCAUUCAAAUGGUCUGAUGCCUGUAGAUGAAGAGUCCUAUGGUGCACUUUAUCAAGCUACUGUAGAAACGACGAGGAGUUUAGCUGCUGCUCUGGAUAUCCUGAACACUGCUACAAGGGACAUAAAUAUGUUAAGUUCGAGGCUCUGCAUUUCUCCAAAUGAAAUGAAAGAAGAUCCUGAGAUUAAAGAACAAGCUUCUAAUGGCAUUAUUCAGGAUAAAAAGUCUGACCAUGAGUAUCCAGAUGAAGAUAAUGUAGGAGCAGUUGGGGGAAUUAACUUGGACAGCCUGAGUCAAAAUUCACAAAUGGAGCAAAAUGGUUCUAGUGAUAUUUGUUAUGAUGUAGUGCAAAAACAUGACUUAAAUCUAAACCUCAGUAACUCCUCACUUUUGUGUAAUGGCUUUCAUGUAGAAAAUGAAUGUUCAAAGGUGUUGGACCAGAAUGAAGAUCUUGGUGUAUCUAAUUCAAAACCAGACGGUGUAGCAAAUGGCGAAUGUACUGCAUCACCUGAUGAUGAAGCAUUACAGUCUUGCAGCUCAUACCCUGUAACAGCACAACUUAAAGAAGUAAUAUCAGCUAAUCACUUAGUUAAUGGCAAUGUUAAUCAUGUACUACUUCCCCAUAAUGCCAACGAAGAAGAAGUGUUAGAGAGACAAGUGGAGCAAGAAAGAUUGAGAAACAUAAAUGCAUUUUCACUUUUACGGCAUCGCUCAUCCAAAUUCCUUGUUGGCCACUUUUGGUCUACACCAAAAGAAGAUAAAGCUGUUGAUACAUCAGAUUUGGAGAUAACAGAAGAUCCUAUGGGUCUUCAAGGGAUCGAUCUAAUCACUGCAGCUCUGUUGUUUUGCCUAGGAGACUCUCCUGGAGGUAGGGGGAUAUCAGAAAGUCGCACUGUCGAUGUGUAUCAUGUUGACUUUGGGACCCAGACCUUUUCUCUCCCAUCUGCUAUACUGGCCACAAAUACAAUGGUGGGGGAAAUAGCUUCAGCUUCUGCAUGUGAUCAUGCCAACCCACAGCUCUCAAAUCCAAGUCCAUUCCAGACCCUUGGACUGGAUUUGGUAUUGGAAUAUGUGGCUAGAUACCAAACAAAACAGCGUUCAAUGUUUACAUUUGUUUGUGGACAGUUGUUUAGGAGGAAUGAAUUUUCAUCGCAUUUUAAGAAUGUGCAUGGUGACAUUCAUGCUGGCCUUAAUGGCUGGAUGGAGCAGAGGUGUCCUUUGGCAUAUUAUGGGUGCACAUAUUCUCAACGAAGGUUUUGUCCUUCAACACAAGGGGCAAAAAUUAUUCAUGACCGCCACUUGCGGUCAUUUGGAGUUCAGCCUUGUAUAUCCACAGCAUUAGCAGAACCAGCAAAAAGCUGCAUAAUCGGACUACACAAUGACCAUCUGAGUAGUCUACCUUUUGAGGUUCUGCAGCACAUUGCUAGUUUUCUAGAUGGUUUUAGUUUAUGUCAGCUUUCAAGAGUGUCACGUUUAAUGAGAGAUGUGUGUGGAAGCUUGCUGCAAGCACGUGGAAUGGUGAUACUGCUUUGGGAGAAGAGAAAGUACCCAGAUGGAAGAAGUUCUUGGCAGAUAAAAGAAAAGGUUUGGCGCUUCAGUACAGCCUUCUGUACCGUGAAUGAGUGGAAAUUUGCUGACAUCGUAAGCAUGGCUGACCACUUGAAGAAAUGUAGCUAUAAUGCUGUAGAGAGAAGAGAGGAGGCUGUUCCGCUGCCAUGUAUGUGUGUAACACGAGAACUCACUAAAGAAGGACGUUCACUGCGCUCCGUUUUGAAACCAGUACUUUAAAUAUUGCAGCCACUCCAAUUGCACAUACACUCAAGCACCUGAUAUAACCUCGGUAAUAUUACGUGACACUUUAUUAAUGUACUAAAGAUACUUUCUAGCUAAAUCUACACUGUCACUGUGUAUAUAGGGUUUGAAGUGACAUUUAUUUUUUAUAAUAUUGUUUAGCUGGAAAGUAAUGAAAGUUGCCUUAAUGUUUGAAAAAUUCGGAACUUGCUGGACAGGGUAGUUUUAUCUAACUUAUAUAAUUUAAGAACGAAAUCCUAAGGUGUGUUUUUUUGAUUUACUGGUGCCCAUGUUGCUGUUGACUGAUAACAUUUCAAAAAUGGCCUCUAAGUGGUAUGCACAUUUAGAUAGGAAACACUGAAUUGUAGUGAGACAAAAUCCUGACCAAAUGUACAUUCUGUGUUUGGUCUAUUUUUUUAACAAAUUAUACUCCAGAUAUUUGAAAGAUAAGGAAGAAUUCAUAACUUUAUAGAAGAUGUCUCAAACACAGCUUUUAAGCUCAUCUUUUCUCAUGAAGUCAGUGUUCUAGUGCUCUUCCUAGUUAACAGGUGAUCUAGGAUCAGCUUUUUAAAAUUUUUUUUAGCAAUUAUCUAAGUGAACUCAGAUUUACUGCAGCUUGAUUUUUACUACAACUUUCUUUUGACAUGUCAACAAUGCUUAUUUUUCUUCUGGACUAUUAACAGUUACAUCACUUUUGGGAGCAAAACUUUUAGAGCUAAAAACAUGGAAUACUGGUUUUUAUUCUCGCACCUAUGACAUCAAUAUGAAAUGUUUAAAAUGUUUUCCCUUGUCCUGCAGUGGGCUGAGGGUUAAAUGGCUUGAGCAGUCAGAAAUUCAAAGUAUGUGAUGAACAGUUAUGAAUUUAUAAUGCAGCUAAUGAAAGGGCUUUACUUGUUUUAUGGGAUUGUGAGAUGUAUUGUCUCCUUUUCUGUUAAUUUGUCUAUAAAAAUGCUGCUCUUUUGAGGAGCAUUUUAAAUCACUGAUAUGUAUAGCAUAUGUAUCAUCUUCAUAAGAUGAGACAUGAUUUGUUAAUUGCAUAAGGAAUAUCAGAAAUGUAUGUUCAACUGCAUCUGUUAAAUGAACAACUCCAGUUUGCUUCCAGUCUUCCAUAAUAAAAGAUCUUACAAAGCAUUUGUGAACAGAGAAUACAUGCUAUGAAAAAUGGCCUGGUAUAGCAAAACUGUAAUAACUUGAACUGACUUUCCAACUUGUUUGUAUUAAUGUUGGUGUCUCUAGCCUGUUGCACUUAGCAACUGUGCCACAAAGCUAAAACAGAAACAUACCAGAGCUUGGAACAAAGAAAUACAGUAUGUGUUUCCAUUAUAGGAAAAAAUAAGAGAUUAGUAAGGAGGAGAUGUUUACAAAAAUGGCUAAAUUUAUUACUCGUAAUUUCUGUACUGGACACUUGUUUAUGGCUAGUCUGGCUGCAGUUCACAACUUUGGUAUCUGUGCAUUUCCCAUUCUGGAUCCAGUCCAGCUAAACGUUCACUGCCUUUUUCUAUCUUGAGUGCUACAGGUGCCCAGAAAAAUAAUUAAAUCUAGUUCUUCAGUGCCAUGAGUUGAAAUUACAAGAGCUCAAACAGCAGUUCUGCCUGGAUCUUCAAAGGACAUAUUCUCUUUGCACACUUUUUCAUUUUUUGUUUGGAGAAAGGAAAGGAGUAAACUGUCUACAGAAGUUAGCAAUAUUUGGAGUAAUUCUUAGCUGUUACGACAGUUAUGUGGAAAGGAUAAUCUAGAUUCAUGUACAAAUCUGACUAUACCAACUGGGUUUUAGGUAAGGAUUUUAAUAUGCACACACACAUGUUCUCAGAGUGCAUUGAAAUGCUCAUUACCCACAAAUUCUUCAGUACAAGGCAGGAGACAGACUUUCAUCAGUUCUUGUCUUUUAGCUCUAAUGGCUGCUUGCUGCUGCUCUCCAGUGUUUAAAACUAGUUGUGUGACUGAAAGGAUUCUGAAUGUUAAGGAGUUUAUGCUUGCAUUUAUGGUUAAGUCUAUUUUAAAACAUCUGUCUUGGGUUCCUAGUAUUUUUUUUUUUUUUUAGUCAGUGAUGUGGUGGUUUUGGUACUGGGGCAUUCUUUGUAACUACCCAGAAUCCUGAGAAGUACAGAAGGCAGGCAUGUGUCUUGAUCUCUUCAGAAAAGAGGGUGGGUGCUCAGUUAGAGGAGCUGGUGUUGGUAGAAUCUCGCUUGUAGCGCAGUGCAGAUCUACAUCUAAAGUAUCAUCAGUUGUUGAUUUAUUAAAAUGAACUUUUUAAGUACUCUGUGUUCUUCUUAAGAAAUAACACUUUCUCAAUACAUGCACUUUUGUUUUCAAAUGUAGAUACAGGCUUUUUUGUUAAAUUAGUUUAUUUUUUAUGAGAAUCCAGAGCUAUUAAAAUAUCGAUGUUGUAAACAAAAUCUCUGCCUUGUAAACUGCUCCAAAUGCAGGAAUACAAAUAGUUAGGAUGAAAACUUUUUUUACACUGCUAUGCAGUUUGUAAAACAUCUAUGGUGUAUAGUCAGUCUAUCAAAAUGUGGCUUGUUCACAUUUGCCCUUGAAUUUUAAAAAUGUUGUAUACUGUUCCUGGUACAUUUUCCUUACAGCAUAUAUAGACAGCUGUUGCAGUCUUUCUUUUACUUGAUACCACAGUGCUACUUUGUUUAAAAUAUUAUGUUUUCAAUCGUUAUGCAAUAUUUUUUUUGCAAUGUCUGUUGAAAUCCUAAUAAAAUCUUGGAGUUUCUCUUUUA